AGGUGUGUUUUCAUUGGGAAUUAUAAAUGAAUAUACGUAACUUCAUCUAAGAUUCUGCUUUCUUAUAAGACGUAUCGACACAAAAGCGUGUUAUUACGUCCGCUAUGACUCGAGACUGGAAGCCGGGUGAUCUAAUUUUUGCCAAGAUGAAGGGAUACCCUCACUGGCCUGCCAGAAUCGACGAGGUGCCGGAUGGGGCCGUGAAGCCAUCCAACAUCAAGUAUCCUAUUUUCUUCUUUGGGACCCAUGAAACAGCGUUUCUUGGCCCUAAAGAUAUCUUUCCAUACCAACCGAACAAAGAGAAGUAUGCAAAGCCCAACAAGAGGAAAGGCUUCAAUGAAGGAUUGUGGGAGAUUGAGAAUAACCCAAAAGUUGAGCUCACUGCACCCAAGCCGGUUCCUCCCGACUCUUUCACUGAAAAGGACUCAGACAGCAGUCCGGAAGGAGAAGAAGAUGCAGCCGACAAAGGAGUGAAAUCCAAAGUUCCAGGAAGUGAGGCUGAGCAGGAGAAUGAGAAAGAGGAGGAGGAGGAGGAGGAGGAGGAAGGGUCUCUGAUGUCUGAGCAGGGUCCUCAGAACCAGGAUAGCUCUGCACCACAAGAAUCAACAGAUGUUUCCAGAUCUAAGAGAGGAAGAAAGAAAAAGGGUGACACAGACCAGGAGAAUGAAAAAGAUGAGGCUCCAGCAAGUCCUGCUAGUCUCUCAGGUGGAGAUGGUCCUAAAAAACGAGGCCGGAAGCCCAAAAGUGACAACAAGUUGCAAUCGGUUCAGCAGCAGGACCAGCAAGGCUCUGGGAGCGACAUGGAUACCGUUGAAUCUGACAAAAAGAGAAAGAGGGCACCAGAUGAAAAGCAGCAAGUUGUGGAGGAGGAAAAGCGAAGGAAGAGAGAAGGAAGCAAAGGUAAGGAGACGGAGGCUAAAGAGCCUGAAGCCAAGAAGAAGAAACUGUCCAAGGAUGACAGUUCGUCCGGCUCUGAUGAUGAUGAUGAUGAUGAUGAUGAGAAAAACAAAGUCAGGAAGAAAGUAUCGAACUCAGAAGUGGACAAGGAUGUCCGGCGGUGGAAAACGGAUGAAGUGCGAGAACCUAUCAAAGAGGAUGUGAAGAAAACUGAGGCAGGACCAAAGAAAAAGGAAGUGUCAACUGACCUAAAACUCCAGAAACUCCACACUGACAUUAAAAUCUCAUUGAAAAUCGAUAACCCGGAUAUUAAGAAGUGCUUGGAUGCAUUAGAUGAGAUAAGUUCUCUUCAGGUGACAACUCAGCACCUUCAGAGACACAGUGAACUUAUAGCAACGUUGAAAAAGAUCCGGAGGUUUAAAGCCAGUCAGGAUAUCGUGGACAAAGCCACCAUGUUGUAUAACAAGUUUAAGACCAUGUUUCUAGUGGGGGAAGGAGACAGCGUGCUCAGCCAGGUGCUGAACAAGUCUUUAGCUGAACAACGGCAGCAUGAGGAAGCAAAGAAAGGAGCACUAAAGAGAGCUGAGCAUGUUAAAGACAACAGCACAGAUAAGGUGACCAAUGGAGACGUGGAUCCUGAAGAAAAACAGGAGGGGCAGAGACAGAAGCCUGAGGAGGCUUCUGCAGGAGAAAAUCACAGGCCCUGUCCACAUGUAGCCGGGCCUGUCAUCCACACGAAAAUGGAUCUUUUUAAAAACUCCGGCCAAAGUGAAGAUCUGCGUUUUCUCCGUUUUGGGUGCCUGCGUGUGGACAGACAAAACCGGAGUUUUAAGGUCCACAACGUCACUUUCCUCGACAAAAAAAUGCUGACAUCACGUGUGCGACCUGUGUUUACACUAGCCGACAGCAUGGAUGCCCUCAGAGCUGCGCUCGCUUUAUCAAUUGUCCAAGCGCUUUUUGCUUGUUUGUUUUUGCAAGCAGAAUUACUGCUCCUUGCGGAAGACCACAGACGAAGGACGAGGUUAAGAACGGGGGACGUACUGCCGCCUACAGGUCUGGCAUGUCCUUAACAACGUAUUUAUCCGGCACUUCAAAAGACCAGGAGGUGUCUACUUGAAUGUCCUGCUUGCUUGAAGAGAAGAGAUUUGCUGCUGUACUACUUCAUUUGUGAAAAUAGUGUCCCAUUUUUCAAACCUUGUCAUUAGUUUUGCUGCUGAAGGAUUUAAAUGCACCAUUCACCCCUAAAUGUCUUACUGAUGAUUCUAUUUUUGUACUCUUAGACACCUUGUGCUACCUGCAGUGAAUUUUUGGUUUUACAACAGCUCAAGAGUAUAAAAUCAGGAUAAACCUGCAGUACUGAAUGUUGAUGCUAAUGAACAUUCUCACAGAAACCAUUUGUACACUUUGUUUUGGCUGAAGUUAAUAUUUAUGGUCUCAUCAUUUCUUUUAGAGUUUAUUUGUGGAAUUGAGAAAUCUAGCUUGUUCUCAUUGAUACAGAGGAUCUUAGACUGGGUCACAGUGUUAUUGAUCUGUAGUGCGUUUUUCAUAGUUCAGAUGUGCACAAAAAGUGUAAAGUUUACCAAAGUUACCAAGAAAAUGCUUUAUUUUUAACCUUGUUAAAGUUUUCUUUAAACAUAGAUGUAAAUAAGAUUAUUUUUGUGUCUAAUCUGUGUCACCAUCUCAUAAUAAAGUAGAAGUUCUA